AUGGCGAGCGGUGAUCGCAAGCGUCCCGCAGAACAUGCAACUCGGUGUCCGACUCGAUUCACGGGGGCUCCACGCAGGCAGCCUGCACUGCCAAGUCUAGCUCGGGCUGGCCACGACCACGAACUUGACCGGGACAGCAUCUUGCUCCGGGCUUCUAGAAGCUACUACCCGGAAGGCGAAGGCGAGGGCGGAUGCAGUGAGUUUCCACCGCUGAUGCAGCGGAGAUCUUGGACGAGAGGAGUUCCAUACCGCGACGGUUUUAAUCACGCGAAACCUGCAGAUUCCACAGGGAACUGCUAUACACCUGCAACAAAGACAAUGCGAGUCCUCAAUAUGCCUCCGAAGAGACGUCCCAAGCCGGAGCUGUACGGACCCAUCGGUCCCAACGGUGAGCUGCAGUUCCCACCGCUGAAGCCGUGGGCGGAGAGAGAACAGGAACGUGUGGAGAAAUUGAGACUAGAACAGGAGAAGAAGAAAUUGCCGAAGGGACUGGUUCUUCUAGAAGACUUAGUGUCGGGUGCAUAUGAAAGAAGAAAAGCGGCGGCAGCAGAGGCGAAACGGCAGAGGAUAGAGAAGAGGAAACGUGAGAAAGAAGAAGCAGAACGUGCCGCCCAAGAAGCGCUCAAGAAACAUUUAGCGCGAUUGGAAUUCGAACUGCCACGCGACCCCGAUCAGCAGAAGGAGGAAAUGAUCAAACAGACAGAAAAGGAGCACUACAAAUAUAUACAUCCCAAGGACUUGGAGAGGAUACACUACUAUUUAACUGUUUCCUUAGUUGACAACCAUUUGCCGGAUUAUCCUCAAGAGUUGUACAAGCGAGCGAGGCAGCGGGUGGAGAAGCAGACGGCAGCAAUCAAGAAGAGACUGCUGACCCUCACGUACCAGGCGUGCGUGCGGCAAAGCGAAGCUGACAUCAGGCAGUUCUUCAUUAUAGCCAUGAAAAGAUGUCUCCUGGCGUACAUCCUUGAAGAUCCUGCUGAACGUGAAAGGCUUCGCAUCGCGUUCCUUCCCCCACUGUGGCCGGCUAUGGUGGUCCGCGCGCCGGUACCCUGGCAUACUGCCUUCGUCAGGUCGAAGCAGGCCAUGUCCUACCGCCACUACCAAGGGAACCCGGUGCUUAUUGAGUUGAGAAGAUUGUGGCAUGAGAGGUAUCAAAACGUUUUCAUCUGUGAUAUGAACAAAAUGCAAGAGGACCUAGAGUUCCCGCAGUAUCCCAACGAAUUCACGGAGCGGUUGACGAAGCUGUGUGCAGCGAUGCGCGCCGAACUAAUGGACAACUGGCUCAUCGAUGUGGCUGAUACCAUGAUCAAGAUGAGGAGCCACUGGCAGAUCUACGUCGCUAAGAGAAAGAGGGAGUCAACGUUUCAAGUGGAGCAGUUCUUCGGGUGCAUCCACGCCCUGAUGUCGAGACAAGUUCGAGAUUUAGUUGAAAGAAGUAUCAACCAUUUUGCAGAGUACUUUGCUUAUUACUGGGAUGGUAACACGUACGAUGGUGCAUACCAGGACUACCUAUUCAUCAAGCGUCCAUUACUCCGCAUAAAAGUGUCUGGAAAACCAGGCUCGACUAAUAUCACCUUCGAGCCGACCCUGGACCAAAUGAAGAUCCAAAUAGUGAAGUGGUUUCACACAAUCAUCAAUGUGAACUAUCAACUGCCAAGUGUGGACAGCAUCAUGUAUCCAGGUGUAUCCCGGCCUAGGCCGUACCUCAUGACGGUGUAUCCAGACGAGCAGUACAUGAUGGAUAUAAUAAAUCGGAGCAUCGAGCACUUCAGCGCCAACAGGCCGGGGCCCACCAGCUUCCUUACCAGCUACGAGCAGUACUACUACAUCCUGGACGGUACCGCUCACCAGCAGCUGAUGCAGUUCUUCGCUGAAGAACCACCGCCUUACCUUAAGGAUUUUUCAUCCCGCAUUUCCACGUAUGAGAACCUUCGUGACGAGGUGCUUUUCCUCCGCCGCGACAUCCCCCUCAACAUGGUGAUGCUGGACUGCGCCCCCAUCAACGACGCCAUGUGGACCAUAGUGGACGGUCUGCGGCAGCACAUCGUCGAUCACUUUAUUGGGAUCAACAGGAAAUGGAACAGAGCCAUCUGCAACGUGUAUGAGGAGAUGGCCGCGCGCGCAUCAGAAAGUCCGGAGACGACGGCGCAGCUGGUAGAGCUGCUGGGAUACAUCUCGGACUGCCGCGACUGCGCCAUGUUCGACCUGCGAGAGAAGACCAGGACCACCGCCGAGUACGUCCUCUUCCUCAUGCAGCACGCGCAUCUUAAUUUCGAAGACAUAAAUUUGAACACUCGCGUGUUCCUCUGGCCUUUGGAUAUGGAGGAAACAAUUGACCUCACGUUAAAAACUCUAAACACUAAGAAGACUAUGGCCGAAGACAAAUUACGCAGCCGCAAGACAAUCUUCGAAGAGAAAUUGAAGCGUCACGAGAAGGAAUUGGAGGUGUUCCGGAGGUUUGAUCCCCCGUUGCUGAACUUAGAUCUGUUGAAGGAAGUUGUAGGGAAGGUGGACGAGAUUUUCCACAAUUUGACGGAGGACAAGCACGAAGCGGAAGAUAUAAUAAACGAAGAGACUCUACUAGACCAGGAGGUGUCAGUGUACUUCAGCCUGCAGACCAUGCUGGCCAGCGUUGACCCAUUCCACAAGCUCUGGCACAGCGCCUUCGACUUUUAUGACGGAUACGAAAAAUGGUACCACGGUCCGUUUCUUGGAUUGGAUGCGGAGCAAAUAGCAGAGGAUGUGGAAGCGUGGUGGAAGUUGCUGUACAAGCUCGGCAAGCAGCUGUACGAGUAUCCUGGAGCGAAGCGCAUCGCCGACAUGGUGCGGAACAAGGUGGAGAAGUUCAAGGUUCUGCUGCCAGUACUCUGCGCCAUAUGCAAUAAGGGUAUGCGCGACCGUCACUGGGCGCAGAUCAGCGAACUAGUAGGAGUUGAGGUGGUGCACGGCCCGGAGACGACACUGGCCGACAUGGUGGAGCAGGGCGUCCAUGUGUACGGCGCGCAGCUGGAGGAGAUCGAGCAGUACGCCUCCAAGGAGUACGCGCUAGAGAAGUCGCUCAACAAGAUGAAGGACGAGUGGGUCGGAAUCAAAUUCGAAGUGGUAGCCUACAGAGACACCGGUGUGGGCAUCCUGACUGGUUUGGAUGAGGUUCAACAGCAGCUGGACGACCACAUCCUCAAGUCGCAGACGAUGCGAGGCUCGCCGUACGUGAAGGCGUUUGAGACGGAUAUGGCCGCCUGGGAGGAGAAAUUAAUCAGCAUGCAAGAUAUACUCGACCAGUGGCUUCAAUGCCAAGCAACAUGGAUGUAUCUGGAGCCGAUAUUCUCAUCGGAAGAUAUAAUGCGUCAAAUGCCAACGGAAGCGAGGAACUUCCGGGAUGUGGACAAGGAAUGGCGGACCAUCAUGACGGCUACCCAGAAGGACCCGAUGGUGCUGAGGGCCACAGACUUUCCGGGGCUGCUAAAGAAGCUGAAGUACAGCAACGCAUUGCUGGAUGAUAUACAGAGAGGAUUGAAUGACUAUUUGGAGAAGAAGAGGUUGUUCUUCCCGAGAUUCUUCUUCUUAUCCAAUGAUGAACUUCUUGAGAUUCUCUCUGAGACGAAAGACCCGAUGCGUGUACAGCCACAUCUAAAGAAGUGCUUUGAAGGAAUUUACACGCUGGAGUUCAAUGCUGCGAAGGAAAUCGUGGGAAUGGCUUCCGCUGAGGGCGAAGUCAUCAAACUGUCCAGCACCAUACAGCCGGCUGAUGCUAAGGGCAUGGUGGAACGGUGGCUACAGCAAUUGGAACAGCAGAUGAUUGUGAGUCUGCGAGAUGUGGCUACGGAGGCAGUUGGUGCAUAUCCGAGCAGCAAACGCGAGGAGUGGGUCCUUAUCUGGCCUGGGCAGGUCGUGCAGGCCGGCUCGUGCGUGCAGUAUACAGCAGAAGCUAUAGAAGCGAUCGAAACGAACAGUCUGCCUGCUCUGGUGGAGCGCAGCACGAAGCAGAUAACGGGGCUGGUGUACCUGGUGCAGGGCGAACUGGACCCUGGCAAUAGGAUCACGAUCGAAGCUCUCAUUGUUUUGGACGUACACGGUCGAUCAAUAUUGGAAGAGAUGGCCAACAAACACGUGUCCGAUAUUACGGACUUCAACUGGAUAUCGCAGCUGCGGUACUACCUGCGCGGCGACCGCAUCGUCUGUUCAAUGAUCACUACAGACGUGGACUACGGGUUCGAGUACCUGGGCAACACCGGCCGACUUGUAGCCACGCCGCUCACUGACAGAUGUUUCAGGACCCUCAUGAGUGCCUUAAAGCUGAAUUUGGGCGGUGCGCCGGAAGGUCCAGCCGGCACCGGUAAAACGGAAACCACUAAAGACCUCGCGAAAGCGGUCGCUAAGAAGUGUGUGGUCUUCAAUUGUUCAGACGGGUUGGAUUACAAAGCGCUUGGGAAAUUUUUCAAGGGUUUGGCUCAAUCUGGGGCAUGGGCAUGCUUUGACGAGUUCAACCGGAUAGACCUGGAAGUUCUCUCGGUGGUGGCCCAGCAGAUCCUCUCCAUCCAACUGGCGAUACUCCGCCGGGAAAAGCGGUUCGUGUUCGAAGGCACGGAGAUCAGCCUCAACCCGACCUGUUCCGUCUUCAUCACAAUGAAUCCAGGAUACGCAGGCCGUACCGAAUUGCCUGACAACCUAAAGGUACUGUUCCGUACUGUCGCUAUGAUGGUGCCUGACUACGCGAUGAUUGGCGAGAUCACGCUUUACUCCAACGGGUUCGUCAGCGCUGGACCACUGGCGCGUAAGAUAGUGCAAGCAUACAAGCUGUGCUCGGAGCAGCUGUCGUCGCAGAAUCAUUAUGACUACGGGAUGCGCGCGGUGAAGUCUGUCCUACUCGCCUCCGGAGCCCUAAAGAAGAACUAUCCGGAGAAGGACGAGGCUCAGCUCGUGCUACGGGCCAUCAUUGACGUCAACAUGCCCAAGUUCCUUUCCCAGGAUGUGCCUCUGUUCGCGGGUAUCUACUCGGACUUGUUUCCCGGCGUGGAGAUCCCCCAGCCGGAUCGGGCCGAGCUGCUGCGCUGCAUAGUCAAGGAUCUGGAGAAACGGAACCUCCAGCCCACGGAGUGGUACCUCGAGAAGAUCAUACAAAUCUAUGAAAUGAUGUUGGUCCGUCAUGGGUUCAUGGUCGUGGGUCCACCCAUGGGAGGCAAGACCCAGGCCUACCAGUCGCUGGCGGACUCCCUGCGCGCGCUGCAGCUCAUGAAACCUCCUCCAAGGCAUAAGGAGUUCGGAGCCGUGUACAGGAUCUUGAACCCGAAGGCAAUCACUAUGGGUCAACUGUACGGGUGCUUCGAUCCGGCCUCUCAUGAAUGGUCGGACGGCGUUCUGGCGAUCGCGUUCCGCGAGUACGCGAUGUCGAUGACUCGUGAUCGCAAGUGGAUCCUGUUCGACGGGCCCGUGGACGCGGUGUGGAUAGAGAACAUGAACACCGUACUCGACGACAACAAGAAGCUGUGCCUCAUGAGCGGGGAGAUCAUACAGAUGACAAAUAAAAUGAACUUAAUCUUCGAGCCGGCAGACUUGGAGUUCGCGUCUCCGGCGACGGUAUCGCGCUGCGGCAUGAUAUAUAUGGAGCCGGAACAACUAGGUUGGCGCGCCUUUCUCGCGUCGUACAACGCGCAUUUGAGCAAGAAGCUGAUUCCUGAGCAGUUCGAGCUCAUCCAAGAGCUGAUCGAUUGGCUGGUGCCACCGAUCUUCGAGUUCCUGCAGCUGCGGUGUCAGCAUUUCGUUCAUGUUGGAGAGAUACACCAGUUUUACUCGUUCACUCGUCUGUUCACGUGCCUGCUGGAAGGCGAGUCGCAGUUCAGCACGGUGUGGUUGCAGUGUACCUUCGUAUUCGCUCUCCUCUGGGGCCUCUGCGCGACCAUCAAUGGUGACAGUCGCAAACAAUUCGACACGUUCUUCCGUAAGUUACUCGACGGGAACAACUCAGCGUACCCGAAACCGAAGUCGUUCAAGCUCACCAAGAACCAGCUGUUCCAGGAUAAGGAUACGGUGUUCGAUUUCGUUUAUGAUAAGAGAAACAACGGCACCUGGAUACCUUGGAUGGAAUUGGAGAAGGAAGUGCCGCUGCCUGCUAACGCUAAGGUAAACGACCUUAUUAUCCUGACAAACGAGAACGCAUGCCUCCGCUUCUUUGUGGCGAAGAUGGUGAAGUCCAAGAUCCCCAUCCUCCUGGUGGGUCCCACCGGCACCGGGAAGUCCUCGUUAGUGCUCAAUUUCUUGCUGACACUGCCCAAGGAUAAGUACAUCACGAAUAACAUCAAUUUCUCUGCCAGGACCACCGCUAACCAGACCCAAGAUAUAAUCAUGUCUAAAGUUGAUAAGAGAAGGAAAGGCGUCUUUGGACCGUCGAUGGGAAAGAAGUGUGUGCUGUUUGUGGAUGACUUGAGCAUGCCUCAGAAGGAGCAGUGGGGUGCGCAGCCUCCGCUGGAGCUGCUGCGGCAGUGGAUCGACCACGGACACUGGUACGACCUCAAGGAGAUGGUGCGCCAGGAAGUAGUCGAUGUGUUAUUAGUGUCGGCGAUGCUGCCUCCUGGCGGUGGUUCUAACGUGAUCUCAUCCCGGCUGACUCGUCACAUGCUCCUCAUCACGCUGGAUUCCUUCGAAGACAACACACUGAACAAGAUAUUCGGCACCAUCAUGGACUGGCACUUCGCUAAGGGUUUUACUGAUAUCCUUAUGAGACAGACCAAGGCGGUGGUGUCAGCUACAAUGGAAGUGUACAAGACGGUUACCGUUCAAUUCCUGCCAACACCAAGCAAGUGCCACUACCUGUUCAACUUGCGCGACUUCGCGAGGGUCAUCAAGGGUAUACUGCUGGUGCCGUCCACACACAUGAAGGAGAUGAACAAGCUGGUGGCUCUGUGGGUGCAUGAAACAUACAGGGUGUUCUACGAUCGGCUUGUAGACGACGCUGACAGACUCAAAUUGUUCGACGUGGUGUACAAAGCGGUGUACGGCCACUUCCGCGUUCACAUGGACCAGGUGAUGACGGAACUCGGGUACGUUCCCGAGGGUGACAAGCUCGCCAACAAGCACGCCGCUAACAUAUUCUUCGGUAAUUACAUGGAGCCUGAUGCAGAUCCUAAGAUAUAUGAUCAGGUGACGGACUUGGACGAUAUGGCGGUAAAGAUGGAGUACUAUUUGGAGGAGUACAACGUGGUGUCCUCAUCACCGAUGUCCUUGGUCAUGUUCCGGUAUGCUCUCGAUCACAUAUCCAGGUGCACGCGUGUUUUACUGCAGGACAAUGGUAAUUUGCUACUGGUCGGUGUCGGCGGCAGCGGUAGAAGCAGUGCUGUAAAGCUGGCUGCCAGCAUACUGGAGAUGAAUGUUAUACAGAUCGAGAUAUCCCGCGUGUACGGUCAGAACGAGUGGCGGGAUGAUAUCAGGAAGAUGCUGAUGAAAGCCGGUAUCGUAGGGAAACCCAUCGUAUUCCUCUUCGCUGACAAUCAGAUAAUGUACGAGGGCAUGGUAGAAGACAUAAACAUGCUCCUAAACACUGGAGACAUCCCAAACUUGUAUGGAAUGGAUGAGAAGGUGGAGAUUCUCGACAAGAUGCAAGUAGCUGUCCGCGAGUCGGGCAAGAAAAUAGAGACAACUCCACUAGCGAUGUUCGGAUACUACGUGGAGCGUGUGAAAGCCAACCUUCGCAUCGUGAUGGCCAUGUCGCCCAUUGGUGACUCGUUCAGGAACCGACUCAGAAUGUUCCCUUCUCUUAUCAACUGUUGUACGAUAGAUUGGUUCACAGCGUGGCCCCCGGAGGCUUUAGAGCGUGUUGCGUCGAUGUUCAUCUCCAGGAUCGAGAGCGUCGACGAGGAGCUGUGCACCGCCUGCGUGGAGAUGUGUCAGCUGUUCCACAUGACUGUCGUACAGCUUAGCGACAGGUUUUAUUCUGAUCAAAAACGUAAGGUGUAUGUAACACCGACCAGUUACCUCGAGUUGAUCAAAGCAUUCCAGAUUCUGUACACCCUCAAGGUGGAGCAGAUCACCAAAGCCAGGAUCCGAUACGAAACAGGCCUGGAACAGCUGGACUUCGCGGCGGGGCAGGUGGCAGUUAUGCAGCAGAACCUGAUAGACCUGCAGCCGCAGCUCGUAGAGACAUCUGACAAGACCGAGAAACUGAUGAUCAAGAUCGAACAGGACACGGUUGUGGUUGAAAAACAAAAAGAGAUUGUUGGUGCAGAUGAAGCUCUAGCCAACGAAGCAGCGGCAGCAGCGCAAGCCAUCAAAGAUGACUGCGAGUCGGAUCUGGCGGAAGCAGUGCCAGCUUUGCAAGCGGCCUUGGAUGCACUCAACACGCUGAAGCCAGCUGAUAUCACCCUGGUCAAGUCGAUGAAGAACCCGCCAGCUGGCGUGAAGCUGGUCAUGGAAGCGGUGUGCGUGAUGAAGGGAAUCAAGGGUGAUAGGAAGAUGGAUGCUAAUGGUAAACCAUACGAGGACUUUUGGGGACCUUCGCAGAAGAUGCUCGGAGACAUGAAGUUCUUGGAGAGUCUGAAGAACUAUGACAAGGACAACAUAGCGCCAGCCAUCAUGAAGAAGAUCAGAGACAAAUACAUUCCCGACCGGGAAUUUGAUCCUGUGGUGAUAGCCAAGGUUUCAUCCGCCUGCGAGGGUCUCUGCCGCUGGGUUAGAGCUAUGGACGUGUACGACCGUGUGAUUAAAGUAGUAGCUCCGAAGAAAGCAGCGCUAGCGGAGGCCGAGGCCGAGUUGCAGAUGCAAAUGAACACCCUCAACGAGAAGCGAGCGCAACUGCAGGGUGUGCUCGACAAAUUGCAGGCAUUAAACGAUGAGUUUGCGGAAAUGACGCGAAAGAAGAAGGGUCUAGAAGACGAGAUCGAGCUGUGCUCGACGAAGCUGUCUCGAGCUGAACAGCUUAUCGGCGGACUGGGAGGUGAGAAGGCGCGCUGGACUGAACUCGCGCGGCAGUUGCAGGACCUACUGGACAACAUUAUAGGCGAUGUUUUGUUGUCAGCCGGCUUCAUUGCUUACUUGGGACCUUACACAGUUAACUACAGAAGAGAAAUUGUACAAAUGUGGAACACACGCGCCCGGGAACUUAAUAUUCCAUGCUCGGAGAUGUUCUCCCUGGUGUCGACCCUUGGCGAGCCGGUGGUGAUCCGCGCGUGGAACAUCGCUGGUCUCCCGGUCGACGCUUUCUCCAUCGAGAACGGGAUAAUAGUGGAGAAAUCGCGACGAUGGCCCCUGAUGAUCGAUCCACAAGAACAAGCGAAUAAAUGGGUAAAAAAUAUGGAACGUGAAAACCAACUGAAAGUUAUAAAGUUGAGCGACUCCAACUAUGUGCGGACACUGGAGAACGCGAUACAGAUGGGACUGCCCGUCAUACUCGAGAAUAUACGGGAACAACUCGACGCUGUUCUCGAGCCAGUGCUCUUGAGAAAUGUUUUCAGGUCGGGUGGCAUUGAUUGUUUGAAGCUUGGCGACAACAUUUUGGAGUACAAUAACAACUUCAGAUUCUAUAUCACAACAAGACUGAGCAACCCACACUAUUUACCAGAGAUUGCUGUUAAAGUAACGAUGCUGAACUUCAUGAUAACCCCACAAGGGUUGCAAGACCAGCUCCUGGGUAUCGUGGUAGCACAGGACCGGCCCGAGCUCGAGCUGAAGAAGAACCAGUUAAUCGUCGAGGGGGCGAACAACAAACGGACGCUCAAAGAGAUCGAGGACAAGAUUUUAGAGGUACUAUCGUCGGCCGGGAACAUUCUAGAAGAUGAAUCGGCCAAUCAGAUUCUGUCCUCGUCCAAAGUUCUAUCAUUAGAAAUCGAAGCUAAACAAGCAACCGCAGCUGUCACAGAGAAGGAGAUAGAUGAAGCGAGGCUGUUGUACGUCCCAGUGUCGAAGCAUAGCUCCGUGCUGUUCUUCUGCAUAUCAGACCUGGCUAAUAUUGAUCCUAUGUACCAGUAUUCGCUUAAUUGGUUUAUAAACCUGUACAAUCAGGCGAUCCAAACCUCACCCAAAAGCGAUGAUCUGGAUGUCCGUCUAUCCGGCUUAAAUGAUUAUUUCACAAAAAGCAUAUACGAGAACGUAUGCAGAAGUCUGUACGAGAAAGACAAGCUUAUCUUCUCGCUCGUUCUCACACUCGGGAUAUUGAGACCUCAGGGUAGAAUAGAUGACGAACUGGUGGCCUUCCUCCUCACGGGCGGGGUGGCCUUGGAGAACCCCUACGAGAACCCGGCCCCCGGCUGGCUCUCGGAGAAAUCUUGGUCGGAAAUCGUGAGGUCCAGCAAUCUCAACGGUUUGCGAGGCUUCAAAGAAAACUUCGAGAAGAACCUGAAGGCAUGGAAAGAUUUCUACGACCUGUCCGCACCGCAUGAGAAUCCUCUACCAGCGCCCUAUGAAGAUAUUAAGGGUAUACCAAAACUGAUCCUUUUCAGGUGCAUUCGCCCCGAUAAGCUGAUUCCCCUAGUGCAGCAGUACGUGGUUCAAGAGAUGGGUCGUACGUACAUCGAGCCUCCGCCGUUCGACCUGGAGAAGUCUUACAAUGACAGCAACUGUUGCUCGCCCCUCAUCUUCAUACUGUCCGCCGGCUUGGAUCCGAUGUCGGGGCUGGUUAAGUUCUCAACGGAGAAGAAGGUCGUCAGCUUUGAAACUAUAUCUCUGGGUCAGGGCCAGGGUCCAAUAGCAACGAACAUGAUAAACCAAGCGAUCGUGACCGGUGGCUGGGUGGUGCUGCAAAACUGCCACGUAAUGGAUUCCUGGAUGGGAGAGUUGGAGAGGAUUUGCGCUGAGGUGAUCGUACCUCAAGUCACACACCCGAAUUUCCGAUGUUGGCUCACGUCAUAUCCGAGUAGAGCUUUCCCAGUCACCGUAUUGCAGAAUGGUGUUAAAAUGACAAACGAAGCGCCAAAAGGUCUCAAGAACAAUAUCUACCGGUCGUACAUAUCAGAUCCAAUCUGCGACCCGGAGUUCUACAUCUCGUGUCCCCGCACUGAGGAGUGGCGGCGAUUGCUGUUCUCGCUGUGCUUCUUUCAUGCCGUCGUGCAAGAGCGGCGAGCCUUUGGACCCCUCGGCUGGAACAUUCAGUAUGAGUUUAAUGAGAGCGACCUGAGGAUCUGCAUCAUGCAAUUGCAGAUGUUCCUGACGGAGUACUCGGAGACUCCUCUGGACGCGCUCAACUACCUCGCAGGGGAGUGUAACUACGGCGGCCGCGUCACCGACGACAAGGACCGUCGGCUCAUACUGUCGCUGCUGUCCAUGUUCUACAACGAGGAUGUCACCGCCCAUCCAGAUUACUCUUUCUCCCCGAGCGGCGACUACCAUAUGCCAUCCAGCAUGGACUACAACUCCGUACUGGAGCACAUCCGAGCGCUGCCAAUGAUCGCCAAACCGGAGGUGUUUGGACUCCACGACAACGCUGACAUCACCAAAGAUAACAAGGAGACUGCGGCCUUACUGUUUGGGUGUCUGCUGACACAAACGUCGAUCGUGAGCGGUGGCGGUGGUGCCGACCGUGGCGAGGGUGGUGGCGUGGUGGAAUUAACGCGGGAAAUGUCCGGCCGGCUGCCGUCGCUGUUCGACGUGGUGCAGGUGUCACAACGAUACCCCGUGCAGUACUACAACAGCAUGAACACCGUUCUCAAACAGGAGUUGAUCCGCUACAAUCGGCUGAUAGCGGUAGUAAAGAGGACCCUGCACGGGGUCCACAUGGCUGCUCAGGGGCUGGCCAUCAUGAGCGCGGAACUGGAGCAGUGCAACAACGCCUUCGUCAAGGGCAUAGUCCCUGGAGUGUGGAUGUCCAAGUCAUAUCCAUCAAUGAAGCCGCUAGGGUCGUAUGUAGCUGAUUUAUUGUCCAGACUAAAGUUCCUACAAGAUUGGAUAGAUGAAGGACCGCCGGUAGUGUUUUGGAUAUCAGGAUUCUACUUCACCCAGUCGUUCUUAACCGGGGUGCUGCAGAAUUAUUCGCGGCACAACAAGAUUCCAAUAGAUCAGGUGCAGUUCGAGUUCGAAAUCACCAGUAUGGAGGCAGACUGCGAAGAGGAUCCUACCUUUGGGGUAUAUUGUAAGGGCUUGUUUCUAGAAGGUGCAAGAUGGAAUCGUGAUAAAAUGCAACUGGACGAAUCAUACCCAAAAAUAUUAUUUGACACCAUCCCUAUUAUAUGGUUUAAACCUGCCCUCAUAGCUAACUUCAACCCCCCACCCUGCUACUUCUGUCCGAUUUAUAAAACAAGUGAAAGAAAAGGCGUUCUGGCCACUACGGGCCAUUCAAGUAAUUUUGUUAUGUAUAUAACACUUCUGUCAGAUAUACCACAAAAGCAUUGGAUCAAUAGAGGGGUUGCAAGCUUGACACAGCUAGAUGAUUAGGUUUAAGAAAGAUUCAAGACUUCGGGUUCCCAUAAAUAUGAUAUAGACUGACUACCUGUCCCGGCAAACAUUGUUUUGCCAUAUAGAUUAAUAUUUCUAUUACAAAAUAGAGGUUGGUGGUAAAAGAGUAAAAAUUUAGGGUUAAUGUAUUUCUUAAUGGCAAAUCAUAAAAAAUAUAAGUUAUGAACUUGAGAUAACCUAUUCUCAGAUCUACUGAG